GCGCAAAGAUCAUUAAUUUCGUCGCCAUCAUAGCGACGAAAUCGCGACCGUGGUGGUCCGCAGAAAUAUUUAAUCGUCGUUUACGACGAAAGGGAGGCCGAUCGCUUCCUAAAAGAAAAUAAAGCGAGAACUUUCGCUUUCUUCUUUCGCUUUUCGUUUAAACGUCGUUAAAAACCGACUUAUCGGCGGUCGACCAUCGUCUUAUCGAGGGUUUCUUUUACAACUUUGGAAUUGACGAAACAUGGCUUAUUGAAGAAGAUGAAGGGCUUGCGGAAAAAUCCUAUUUCUCCAUACGGAGGAGACCAUAUCUCUGCCAACGCAAUAAACGAGGCCAAAUUUAGCCGAACUGCCAAUGGACAAAAAGACCAAAUAUCCACAGUCCUCUUCAAAGGGGACUGCUGGUGAUUCCAAGAAAAGUCAAGAUGUUGCCAACAAUAAAUUAUUUCCGAAAACAUCACGAAAACGUGAACCAACUGGCGUUAAUACCUUGUCCAAAUAUGAUCAGACUAAAAAGUACAAUACACAGAAAGCAAAAACUUUUGAUAAGAGACCAAAACCUAAAGGACAAUAUCAUGGCGGUUCAAAGGAGGAUACCAAGGUAGUAGAAAGUGAAGUAGCUGAGUAUGGCUCAGUUAUGGCUCAAGGAAGUAAAAAGCAGAAUUUGAAUCAUCUGCUAAAUUUUCAUUAUGAACCACGAGACAUGCGAAGUGGUUCGGAUACAUGGAGAUUAGGAAGCGUAAAUAAAGGAAACCGUAACAGCAACAGAUGGCUACCGCCAGUACAACGGCAUAAGUAUAACAAGGAACAAUUCUUGCAAGCCAGCUGCCAAUUUAUUGUGACUCCCAAUGAAGAUUAUUCUUUAUACCUAACUGAUCCUGAUAUCCUCGUUGAUUGGAAAUUUAUUGAACAGAUAAAAAUAUAUAAUACAGAAAGCUUAUCAUGCCCAAUUUGCUUAUUCGCCCCAGUAGCUGCAAAAAUGACUCGUUGUGGUCAUGUUUAUUGUUGGCCAUGCAUUUUGCAUUAUUUAUCUUUAUCUGAUAAGUCCUGGCGCAAAUGCCCUAUUUGUUAUGAAUCUGUACACAAAUCUGAUUUGAAAAGUGUUAUUGAAGUUACACAGAAUGCUGUUAAUUUGGGUGAUCCAAUAACAUUACGUUUAAUGCGGCGUGAAAAAGGUUCAUUAAUUGCGAUGCCAGCAAGUGAACCUGUUGCAACAACAUUUUUUCAAGUUUCUAAAGAUUGCAAUAAACAAGUUUAUUCUAAACUUCUAAUAGCAAACCCAAAAGAUAUUAUGGAUAUCAUAGAAUCUGAACGGAUACAGUUAGAAAUUCAAUUAAUGGAUGAUCCACAUUCUCCUGAAAAUUGCUAUAUUGAACAAGCAAUUCGUGAACUUGCCAAGAGAGAAGAGGAACUCUUACAAAAAAAAGUAAACGACAAUAGAUCACAUCAAGAAGUAAUGGGAGAUAUUUCAUCUACAUCAAUAGAAGAUAAAACAGAUCAAGAAAAACAAGAAAGUCAUCAAUUAACAACACACCAAAUGGAUGACGAAAAAAAUAAUUUAUGCGAAGAUCAAUUAUUGUGCGAAGAAACAAUCGUAACAAAUAUUGACAAUACUUUGUCGAAUGAAACGCUAUUACCUUCACCUUCACAAAAAUUUUUUUAUUUCUAUCAAGCUGAAGAUGGACAACAUAUUUAUCUCCACGCGAUGAAUGUAAAAAUGUUGGAAAUGCAUUAUGGUAGUCUCGAGCAUUGUCCACCGGUGAUUACAGGAAAAUUGUUAGAAAAGGAAGUAGGCAGUUUUACGGAAGAUUUACGACGACGAUUAAGGUACCUUUGCCAUCUACCUAUAACCUGCCCAUUUGAAGUUGCUGAAAUUGAGCUUAAACCACCUACUGUAUCAGAAGAUGUUCUUUACUCUUUUCAUGAACAAUUGGAAACUCGUCAAAAGCGAAGACGACGUAGAGAGCGUGAAGAAAGGAAACGAGAAAAGAAGAUUAUUGAAGAAGAAAAUAAACAAAUGGGCAAAUAUCCUGUCGCAAAUGUAAACAUCGAUUCAACGCAUCAUUUUCCUCAGUGGCAACCCGAACUUUUUAUAGAAGAUUCAAUCUUAUCACCACCAGAAUCAUUGGCUACCUCCAGUGUAGCCAGCAGUCCGUCUUUAAGUACAUUUGACGAAGUUGUCUCAACUACAACAAAAUUAACUAGCACGAAUGAACAAGGUCCAUCAUUUGCUGAAAUGUUACGCAAUACCGGUGCACGUAUGAAAACUAAUAAAGCUUGGCCAAGUAUCAAAACAACUCCUUCUGAAAGAUUAAGAAAUACCAAUGCAAAUAUUGAGGACGAUGAUAAUGCUCAUGCUCCAUCUUAUAAUCAAAGUUUUGGUGACGCCUUGGCACAAGCUUUGGAGCAAACAAAAUUGUUAGAUGCUGAAUCUAAUGACAAUGUGAAAGAUAAAAGGAAAAAGAAAAAGAAGAGUAAAGCUACUAUAUUAUUUGCAACCAAUAUGAUGUCACGCUCCUCAUAAAAAGGGAAAAGCUUGAGUGUUAUUUUUUUUAGUAAAGCUACUGUUUUUUUUCUUCAAUUUAAGCUAAAAUUUAGUUGGUAUUCGGAAAUAAAAAGUUGGAUAUUUUAUUGAAAAAGUUGCAUCUUUUUUAGUAUUAGAUUUGCUUUUAAGUUGAAUGUAAAAUUUUCUUAAUAAGCUUGCAAAAAAUAAAAACCUUAAUUUCAAAACUAA